CUAGCCGGUACUUGCAUACAUCACACGAUCGAGUUCGCAAAUUGUUAUUCCUUUUGUACGUUUAUUAAAGUGAAUUGAUUUAUUUCGAAGGAUCGACAUACUUUCAUUCAUAUACGUGCACGAAUUUGUAUGUGUUAUACAUCAUGACACUGCUUUUUCUGAACGCAAUUUCCUUUGUCGCUAAACAGCCAAUCCUUACAGUUGGAAUUCGUUUGCUGUCUUCCAUGGCUGGAGAAUUGCAGAAACAUGGGGUUGUUCCCGAUGUCAUUGAUAAGGUACCAUCUGCCGUAUUGGACGUAGUCUAUCCCAAUAAUCUCGUCGUUGAGAUUGGUAAAGUUUUAACUCCUACUCAAGUUAAGAAUCAACCUACAGUUAAAUGGACUGGCGAUGCUAAUACUUUUUAUACUCUUUGUAUGACAGAUCCCGAUGCUCCUAGCAGAAAAGAUCCUAAAUUCCGUGAAUGGCAUCAUUGGCUAGUUGCCAACAUACCAGGCUCUGACAUUAGCAAGGGUGAAACUCUCUCCGAGUAUGUUGGCUCUGGUCCGCCAGAAGGAACUGGCCUUCAUCGUUAUGUUUUCCUUUUAUAUAAGCAACCUAAGAAACUAACUUUCGAUGAGAAACGUUUAACGAAUAGAAGCGGCGACAAUCGUGGAAAAUUCUCUAUUAAAAAGUUUGCAAACAAAUACAAUCUUGGUGAUCCUAUUGCUGGAAAUAUGUACCAAGCUGAAUUCGAUGAUUACGUACCAAUUUUGUACAAGCAACUUGGUGGUUAAAGAAUUCUACUUUCCAAAAUAAUAUUUAGUCGUGUCAUAAUAUUUAUAUAAAAUAUAUAAAGGGAAAUAUAUGUAUACUAUAGGGUUCAUAAAGAAAUGGUAUUGUACUAUGGUUUUUAAUAAAGUUAUCAAAUAUA